CAAAAUUUGUCAGAGAGCUUAUUUAGAUGAGCAGUUCCUGUAAGUCUUUUUGUGGAUUUCAAGCUCCAACUUACUCAUGGUGGUAUAGGCCAAGCACAGAGGCAGAGGACCCACAGAUCAACUUCCUUCAGUGGUCUGAGGAGCACGAGGAUGAUGAUAGGAACAAAACAGAGAUUGACAGUAUUUAUAUCCCAACAACUGGAAGUAAAGAUAGAUUGUACAAGACAAAAAUGUGAAAUAGUUUCGCUAAAUUAGGAUACUGAGAGCAUGAACAAGAGUGCUUCGAUGCUCACCAUCCAAGUGAGAUCAGGAAAAAUAAACAUAACUUGAUAAGCGAAAGCCCUACUGAACCUGCUCCUUCUGUAGCCAAUAAAAUACUCUAUGACAUUGAACCAGAUUUUGUAAUGCCUCAGAGGACUUCCGCAGAAAAGAGAAGCUAUAUGGACAGCAGAAGUAAACACAGAACUGGUUUUAAAACAGAAGAAAGAGAGAGUGAGGCUUCUAGUCCAUUCCUUUCAGAUAACUUGCAUGGAGAUUAUCUGUAUGGCAAUGUCCAACAACAAAUAAACCAAGCUCCUGUUGGAAUCCCUAUUGGGGGCCAGAGCCAGCCCAUCCCUGCUGACAUAGAGGCAAUAUACAAAACGUUAAAGUUAAAGCAACUAAACUUAGAAGCUGAAAAUGAAUUUCUCAAACAGAAAAAUCAUGAAAUCACCACUUCUGCUGAAGCUAAAGACCAGAGGAUCAAUGAACUAGAAGAGCAGCUUGCCAAACUACGCAAAGUAAAGUCACAAGUCCAAACUAGAGAUUACAAAGACCAAAAUCAGGAGGUUGAUAGCUCUCUAAAAGAGGUUGCCAAUUUAAAGAACAAAAUUUGACAAUUAGAGAAGAUUAAUGACCAACUAAGCACUCAGAAUGUUCAAUUCAAGACUCAUAUAAGUGCCUUACAGAAGAAAGUCUCUCAGGGGAAGAAACCUCCAAAGUCUGAGAAGAAAGCUAUAGCACAGAACUCACAGAACGCUCAGAUUAGAAUAUUGGAAAAGAAGGUCAAGAACCAGAAGAAGACGAUCAAUGGGCUUGAAAAAUCAAAUAAGGAUCUCAAGAAGGAAGUUCAGAAGCUAGAGCAAAGUUUGAAAGCUAAAACUGCUAAAACAGCUAGUCCUCAAGUUAUACCUAUGAAGCCUCAGGUUGUGAAGCCCCUGGCAGUGAGGCAGCCAGCUCAUGCUAUGAAAGGUGAGGUAAUACCUCCACCUAGGGUCUUCAGGAAGAUAGUAGGGAAUGGAUCACAAAAGUUGAAAUCUAUAAAAUCAAAUACUAUAUGUAUACUUCAAUAA